AUGAGUGACUCAGUGAGCUAUUUCUUCGGUGAAUUGGAGCGCAUAGCGAGGCCCGACUACGUACCCUCCCACCAAGACAUCCUUCACUGUCGGAAGGCGACCAAAGGCAUCACGGAAUGCACGAUAAACAUAAACAACGUGCCCUUCGUGUUCGUCGACGUCGGCGGUCAGCGGACGCAGAGGCAGAAAUGGACGCAGUGUUUCGACUCAGUCACGUCCAUACUGUUCCUCGUGUCAUCGUCGGAAUUCGAUCAGGUGCUGUCAGAAGACAGGAAAACGAACCGGCUCGCCGAAGCGUUGAACAUAUUCGACACGAUAGUCAACAACGUCAACUUCAAGGGCAUCUCCAUCAUUCUGUUCCUCAACAAGUCCGACUUGCUGGCGAAGAAGGUCGCCAGCAAGGAGACCGACAUACGCUGGUACUACCCGCAGUUCACCGGCGACCCUCACAACCUCCAGGACGUGCAGAUGUUCAUACUCAACAUGUUCGCCAACGUCCGACGGGAGCCAAAGACAACCCUCUACCACCACUUCACCACCGCCAUAGACACGCACAACAUCGAAGUUGUUUUCAACUCCGUCAAGGACACGAUCCUUAACCGUAACCUCGAAUCGUUGAUGUUACAGUAA